CAAUUGAACCGGAAAAUAGCCCAAAUGAAGAAAAGACCAGACCGCAAGCAGAAGUGAGGGGCAGUGGAAUAAGAGAUAAAAAAUGUAGCUUGGGACUGAAAAUCCUUUGUCAGGACGAUUCGCAUUUCUGAUUUACCGAGUUAGGAAUCCAACAUUGAACAAGAGAUGAAUUCCUCCAAGUACAUGGAUAAGCAAAUUACUAACCUUUCGAAAACCCCGAUUCGCACUUUCUUAGACGACGAAGAUGAUGUUGAUGAAGAAGAAGAACAAGAAGUAGACCAUCAAGAUCAGGGCUUCGAUUUCCACCCGAUUCGCUCCUUACAUUCCCGUGCAAAAGCUUUUGAUGGGAUCCACCUCAGUGGUUGGAAUUCGAUGGGCCAACAUUCUACAAAAUUCUCUGGUGAGAAAGUUGGGAUUUUCAGCGAUGUAGAAUUGAUUUCCAGGAUUGAUCAAAAGUUGAAGGAACAUGCUGAUGUUUUGCUACACUUAGUGGAGUGUCUCAGUGCACGACUAUCUCAGAUGGAAAGUAGAACACGGCAAGUAGAAAAUACCUUUGAUGAUUUGAAGGAAUCAAUUGAAUUUAAUCAUGGAAGAACCGACAGAAAGCUAAGGGAGUUAGAGAAUAUUCUAAUAGAGGUCCAUGGUGGGAUCAAAGAUUUGAGGGAUAAACAAGAGAUAGCAGAGACUCAGCUGCGGUUGGCAAAGCUUCGUAUGUCCAAGGAUGACUCACAACUGGAAAAGCAAAACAACACUAUUCAUUCUAGUUUGGGAACAGAGGCACUGUCUUCAGUCUCUCAGCAAUCAAACCAACAACUUCCAGUCCCAGUUGCUUGUCCACAACAAGUUCCUUCUUUGUAUUCUAAUAUUAAAAACUUACCUCUUCAGAAUCAACCUCUGACAAAACCUGCAGCUGCAGCGCAACAGUUUCCCACACCUGCAGCAUCUCACCUUCCGACAAUUUCAGCAACUGCACCACUUCCCUCGCAAUUUGUCCCCUCUGUUCCACAGCAAGAAACUUACUACCCACCACUUCCAGUUUCCACUCCAGGAACCAGUCAUAAAAAAUAUGUAAUUCCAACUCAACAAUCACAUCCACCUUAUAGUCACCGGCCUUAUCAACCACCACGUCAUCUUCCCCUAAAUUCACACUUGUCUCAGUUGCCUCAAGUGCAGUCAUCUUUCACUGUGGUAAAUCCUCAAUUCCGAAGCCACCAUCCUGAAGAAGUUCCUUUUGUGCCAUCUCAAGGCAUUCACAGAUCCUCUCAACCACAUGAUAGGCCUCUCUCUCCCCAGUUAUUUAAUAUUGGUUCUACUGAUCAACCCACAAACUUGCAUCAUUCAGAGUGUACUUCUGCAAAUCCACCACCACAGGGGUACACUAAUAUUGUGGACUUUAAUCGUUAUAAUACUCCUACCCACAAUUGCAGUUCAACUAUGAAAUCCAUUCAACCCUCACCAUCUCCUUCAGUCAGCACUGGUGAAAUUGGUUUCUCACAUUUGCCGACUGCCCGCAUAUUACCACAUGCUAUUCCAACUGCCUCUAGCGUGGACAGUGGAUCAAGCUCUGGUGAGGGUGGAGACAGGAUGCCUGUUGAUGAUGUUGUUGACAAGGUUGUUGCUAUGGGAUUUCGAAGAGACUUGGUGAGAGCAACAGUGAGAAAAUUGACAGAGAAUGGGCAAUCAGUGGACCUGAAUAUUGUUCUGGAUAAGUUGAUGAACAGUGGGUAAUUUCAGAAUGUUGGAUGAUGCAUUGGGGUAUUAUGUUAUCUUAAGAUGCUUUAUUUUCUAUAUUUUGUAUAUAAUAGUGAACUGGUAAUUUAUGAAUCGACAUUCCUCUAUUGAGAGGUUUUACACCAUUUCAUGUUGGUUGCAUUGUAAUUUAGAUGUUGUGCCUGGAACUGAUUUGUUCUUUUGUUUGUGAAUGUAAAUAUUGGUUACCUUGCCUAUUCA